CGUAUAUUUAGCGCGCGACAACCACGUCCCAAGACGUUCUACAUAAUAUGUAUUAAGGCUCAGUCUGCAGUAUUAUCAAGCUAUAAAACGUGAUACGUGCUACUUUUACUACGUGUGCAGAUAUCGUACCGUUUGCGGAAACGCAUCAUCCUGUUCGUUGAGCGAUCCCUUACGAAAUGUGGAGUUCAAAAAGAUGGUGUGGCCUCAGGGAAUUUCGCGGAAAGGAAAGAAUGUGCCGACGGAUUUAUAGUUUGUCCAGACUCGCCAGGAUGGUGGGUAGCGUGCCCAGCGGAUGGAUGAGGAAGAUUCUCCUCUUCCUGGUCCUGAUGACUGGGGUCCUGCUUAUCGCCAUGUACGCACACGCUCCACCUCUUGUUUCGCUUCAGCCGUUCUCAUCACGACGACUGAAGGAGUUACAACGAGGCUUGGUUACUUUCCUGGUCGGUAAUGAAAGCACGAAGAGACCGGAGGAACGGCUCUACGAGUAUCUGGAAGAGCCUAGGACGUUUCAGAGCCCGUGGUCGUGGGCGUGCGUAGCUGGACGAUGCGAGAGGAGAGCAGUGAGAUCCUCGCGGACAUCUUUGGCAAGCUGCAUCGCCCUGUGCGGUGGAAAUAGUCGACUGCUUUGGCCCAGACCAACCGGCAGCGUCCUCCUAGGCGAAGAAAGCGUCAUCAUACAUCAUCAACAGAUAGAGAUCGUCACCGUCAACACAGCCGAUCAGGAAACGAAGAACCUGCUGGAGCACGCUAAGGACAUCUUCAUCGGGAACAUCAGGAGUUUGGUAAAAGUACCGAACGCGAAGAGCAGGUCCGGAGUGGACAGUUUCGUGAUAUACAUCAGCGCUGGAAAUGAUCGACCCGUUGGACCAAGUCUGGAGACGGAUGAAUCGUACACUCUCGAGCUGUUAACCAAAGGGAAAAUGUUGGAAGGUCGAAUAAACGCGAAAAGUUACUUCGGCGCGAGACACGGUUUGGAAACGCUCGGGCAGAUGAUCUGGUGGGACGAAACCGCUGGCCGAGAGGGUGCUUUGAGGGUGCUAUCUCGCGCUUUCGUGGAAGACAAGCCAGUGUUUCCUUAUAGAGGGUUGCUCGUCGAUACCGGCAGGCAGUUUUUUCCCAUCGAGCAGCUUAAACGGGUGAUCGAUGGUAUGGCUGCUUCGAAGCUGAACACGUUCCACUGGCACCUCACGGACUCGCAAAGUUUUCCCUUCGAUUCGGCCCAGUUCCCCGAAAUGGCCAGAUGGGGCGCCUAUAGCGGAGAUCAGAUCUACACACCCGACGACGUCAAGGAUCUCGCGGAUUACGCGAGAAUCCGGGGUAUCAGGGUGCUCGUGGAGAUCGAUUCUCCUGCGCAUGCUGGCGCCGGAUGGCAAUGGGGGACGGAGUACGGAUACGGGGAUCUAGCACUCUGCGUUGAUCAGCAGCCAUGGUCGUCGUAUUGCGGCGAGCCGAAUUGCGGACAGUUGAAUCCCAUCAACGAACACACCUACAGAAUAUUGGAGGGGCUGUACAGAGAGCUGUUGGACCUGACCGAGAUCCGCGAUAUCGUGCACCUUGGCGGCGACGAGGUGAACCUCGACUGCUGGGCUCAGUACGGGAACAUAACAGCCGCGAUGCAGGCGCAGAACAUGACAGACCAUCACGCCAUGUGGGCCGAGUUCGAGACCAAGAUGCUGCAGAGGCUGGUCAAGGCCAAUCGCGACGAGACACCGAAGGCCGUGAUCCUCUGGAGUUCGCCAUUGACCAAAAGGCCUUACAUAACGAUGUACUUCGAUCCGAAGGUUCACGUUAUUCAGUCCUGGGGGGGAAGCAAUUGGCCGGAAACGCCGGAUCUUCUCGAGGACGGUUUCAGGGUGAUCCUGUCGCACGUAGACGCUUGGUACUUGGAUUGCGGGUUCGGCAGAUGGAGGGAAACCGGGGAAGCCGCCUGCGGCGAUUACCGUACCUGGCAGACUGUCUACAAUCAUCGUCCCUGGAGGGAUUAUCCUCAGCAGUAUUUGAAUUUAGUUCUUGGCGGAGAAGCGGCGAUCUGGAGCGAGCAAACCGGCGACGCGUCUCUAGGACCUCGACUAUGGCCUAGGGCAUCAGCUCUCGCCGAAAGAUUAUGGAGCGACAUGCCAACCAAUGGUUACUCCACCGACGAAAACGUGUAUACCAGGCUAGCAGUUCACAUGGAGCUUCUCACGAGCCGGGGACUAAAAACGGAGGCGAUGUGGCCCCAGUGGUGUUCUCAGAAUCCCGGGAAAUGUCUCUGACCGUUCGUUAGUCCGAAACUGAUCGCUGAAUCGUUCAACUGGAAUCGUAUACGUGAGUGCAACAGUCGCGCAGGGGGAACACGUUGCAAAAAGCGAUUCCGUCUGUCAUCCUCGGAUCAUUUGGCACGAUCAACCAUCGACUCUGUGCAACUCUGUAACGAUCCUAACGAAACAAGCUCGUCGUAUGUUGUGAUCGUGACGAGCAUGACGCGACAGAGCCACCCAAGAUCGGUAGUUCUCCGAUAACGUUUCUGUAACUCCGAGUAACAAGUAAUCGUUCAUGUACCGGUAGGGCUAUCAACGCUACAACGUCGAUCCACAAAACGUUGAUUACGUGGGAAACGUAAGACGACCUAGAGACGUGGCGAAACGAGGAAUACUCGUGAGAAAAGUGUGUCAAGAUGACACGAAAGAGCAAUUGAUCAAUCAGUCGUUAGACUAAAUUCCUUGAAAACUCGCGUUUGGUGCGUGGAACGAAGGUUUGGGUUAGAAGGAGAUCUAGUUUAGUGGAGAUUUACUUAACGAAGAAAGAACGGAAGGAACUUUUCGAGCGUUUCUCUGGUUUGCCAAGAACCACAGGCACAAUACAGUCAUCUUUUUUUUUCUUUUUUUUUCUAUUCUUUUUCAUGGAAAAGGACGCGAACUAGUCGAUACUCCUGAUUGUACGUACGAUCCAUGACAAAACGCUAUGGUAAAUUAACGUCAAUUCGAGGAUUUACGAGCGCGAGUCUCGCGUAUACGCCUUGUUGUAGCUCGAUGCCAUACUUUUCGUUCGAAGUGCCUUUCCAAUUGUAAUCUACUCGUGGCGCGUGAUGCUGCAUCGUUGUUGUUAUACGAUUGAAAUGUAAACACCGCGCGCGUUCCUAUUGUCUCGUAAAUGGACACCGAGAAUUUCAUCACUCCCAUGCAGGAUCGAUAUUUAGGACAAAAAUUUAAUGCGUUCUGUAUCUAUACAGUGGUCGCAACACCUAACGACACCGCUCUGAAUGUCUCCUCAUUCAGACUGAAGAAGAAGGAAGAUGUUUAUUCCUUAUGAACAAACUUAAAUUCAUAUUAAGAAUUGUUGAAUUCUUUUUUAACGCAUUAUUCAUGUUAUUCGGUAUGAAGAAAUAUUUGGGCCUUCGAUGUUUAUGCUUAAAUGCUAGAACAUAAAGAUACUCAACAAAAGUCGUAACUCCACUUACGUGGAUCUGUUUUAAUGUUUGGCACCAUGUCUCUGUGUGAAAGGACAUUUUAAAGUCAAAAAUAGGCGUAAUUUCGUUACAAGAUCAAAUUUAUUCCACAAACAUUUGCAAUCGAUUUUAACGAUGGAGAAUCGUAACCCUGAAUCUCAAUCAAGAGUAAUUGUCUCGUCACACAUCACAUAUAAGUGACAGCAAUGAUUUUCUAUUUUAAAAGCAUGCACCAUAUUAAAUAAAAUGACUAUAAAUAUAGCGUAGUCUAUGGUGGAUGAUGAUUUGUUUAACAAAAAAUAAGAAAGAUACUCAGGGUUGUGACGUCAGGUAAGACACUGUAUAAACGGUAAACAAGUGAAACUGCAGAGACAUUGAACAAAAGAGCAUAAAUCUUCGUCUUGAUUCUGCUGGUACACAUUUCUUUUACCAGGGAACAAACGAUCCACUUCAUCAAACGACACCGAAACUAGAAAAUGACGCCAUAUGCAUAAGCUUUUCUGUUUAAACUGCCAGAUUUAGAUUUUAUGUGUAGGGAUCAUAAAAAAUUCAAAAAAGAGCAAUGUCGUUCGCAAUAGGCAGUUCACAAUAGCGAAUCGAUGAUUCUUCGAAGACUCAUAUCCAUUAAAACGAAGGAAACGAUAUACUGUGUGCUUCAUUAUUAACGGAACCAGCUUCAAAAAUGGUGGUUUGAUCUCUUAAAGAUAAUAUAGAACAGGCUCCGUUGAAAAAAUCUUAAUAAUAACAAAAAAAAAUAACACAUAUGUUUUUUAUCGUUUAUCAGUAGCUAAUCCAUUGUUGAAGCAGGUUCCACCAUUAAUAAAACGCCUUGUAUAUUAUUGACGGGUGCAAAAGUUUUAUGAGAAAAUUUUAAGGUACUUUGCGCGGCAUUUUCGCUCUCAUUUCUACUUGUAAUUGUCAGAAAAAUACAGUUAGAGCAUUUAUAGGUCAAAUUUCGAGAGCCACUGUCGCGGAUCAGUAAAAUCGAGCGUCGAUCGACCAACUGGAGUCACGCUUGGUAUCUUUUACAAUUAGGUUUCGAGCAGGGGAAACGUUCACGAACUGUUAUCCCUUUGCUUUUCAGAAUACCGUAUGGCCUAUCGCGACAAAAGUUACGUAGAUUUGUAAAUACGCAAUCACUUCGACGGUAGGGAGCAAAAUGGCGCUCAGAAACGAAAGAUAACGCGUAGCUAAAAUGAUCAAACGGGAGCCGAAGAUUUGCGAGAGAAACGACGAAUCGUCUUGUACUUACUGACACUUACCGACGCCGAUGGCUGUAAAAAAUGAAGUGAUUUUUAAGCUCGACCUGUUGGAUCCGUGGUGCAAAAUCAUCCGAUGCAUUCGUUGUGUCAUGCUCAGUGUUUAAUCGCGUUUCGAUCGUGCGAAUCAAGUAUGAAAAUGAGACGGAAUUUUGUACGAAAAACUGGUACAAUUACUUACGACUGCCAAAAAACGCGCUGACUUCAACUGCGUGCGGAUGAUUUCUCGAAUCGAUCCACGAGGAACAAUCUGUUGUAAAGCGUGGUUGGU